GUGACUACCGGAUCUCCCUCCCUUACCUGCUCUCUCUGAUUAUCUCCGUACUUCUUCCCCUUCCCUUUUCUAGUGAUCUUUAUCUCUUUACCCCUUCACUUUUUUUCCUUUUUCUUGAAGCAAUCCCUGAUUCCCUUCUCCCUUGGACAUAUCAAGCAGUAAUCUUGUAGCUACAGUGAAAUAUUUUUCCUUCAAAUCCACUCAGAGCUUGGUUUCAAGACUGGAAAAUUAGGUUUGGCAGCAGGACAUUCCAAUUUAAGCGAAUGGAUACGCCUGCAGCGGUUACAGACACUCACUAUACAGUUGUUGAUAAGAAGAAAGGGCGAGUUAGGUGCAAUUAUUGUGGAAAGGAAGUAAGUGGUUCUACUCGUCUUAAGCAACACUUGGGUGGAAUACCUCCUGAUGUGUUACCUUGUCUUAAAGUUCCAGAGGAUGUGAAGGUACAAAUGAAAAACAAUCUAAUGGGAAGAACAAAAGCAGAUGGUAACACCAAAUUUCUUAAAUCGUUCAAAUCGUGUUCCGUAAGGAAGAGGAAGUCCAGCUCCGACGGCCCCUGUAAAGACAACCAUGUAUCCAGUCAACCCGCCAGUUUGUCAAGGAAGAGAAAGUGCCACAUUACAACUGAGUCUGGAUUAAAGGACAACGAUGAGAUGGCACGGAGCUUGAUUAAUCCCGAACAAUUGAAUGCAAACACCGUAGGGGAGAUUGAAAAACAAGCUGAAGAUAAGUCAUCUAGACAAAUCCAAAGGUGUAUAGGCAGAUUCUUUUUCGAAAAUGGUAUAGACUUUAAUGCUGUGAACUCGCCUACUUUCCAGAAAAUGAUGCAUGCUUCUGCUGGACAUGGAUCCACGUUGUAUAAGGUGCCCAGCUGUAAUGAUUUAAAGGGGUGGAUUCUGCAGGAAGAACUGAAGGCAUCACAAGAGUAUGUGCGAGGAGUUGUGCACUCAUGGGGAACCACUGGAUGUAGUAUUUUGUUGGAUGGGUGGAUCGAUGGAAAAGGGAGAAACUUGAUUAAUUUUGUGGUUGAUAGCCCACGGGGUCCUGUAUUUAUGAAGUCUGCCGAUGUGACAGAUAUCAUAGGAGAUGUGGUUGCCAUGAUCACAUUGUUAAGUGGGGUUAUUGAGGAGGUUGGGGUACAGAAUGUUGUUCAAAUUGUCUCAUAUACUACUCUUGGUUCACUGAGCGCAGUGGGGAAAAAGUUGACAGAGAAAUACGAGACUAUAUCUUGGACUAUUUGUGCGGCUCAUUGCAUAGGCCUCAUCUUGGAGAAGAUAGGAUUGCUGGAUCCUUGGAGAGGUGUACUUGAUAAGGCAAAGGAUAUUACUAAGUUCAUUUACACUCAUGAGACAGUUUUGAAGCUUAUGACGAAACACACUUCUGGGGUGGAGCUAGUCAGUUCCAGGAGGAUUAAGUCACUGACGCCAUUUCUAAUACUGGAGAGAAUUGAGUCUCAAAAGAAUAAUUUGAAGAUCAUGUUUAGUUCGUUAGAAUGGAAGAGCUCAGCCUUAGCUUCAACAGCUGAAGGGACGCGUGUGACUGAUUUAGUCACUGGAGAUAAGUCUUUCUGGAUUGAAGCCCAGAUGCUUUUGAAGGGAAGUCUUCCACUCAUACGUGCUCUGCAUCUAAUUAGCGGAGGAGAUAGUAAACCCCAGUUGGGAUACAUAUAUGAAACAAUGGACCAAGUAAAAGAGACGAUUAAAGAGGAGUAUGAAGAUGAGAAAACUAAAUAUCAGCCUUUCUGGACAGUAAUUGAUGAGAUCUGGUCUAACCAACUCCAUAGCCCUAUCCAUUCUGUUGCUUGCAUUUUGAAUCCGACUCUUCUUUACUCAUCUGAGGACGUUGAUGAUGAUGAUGAGAUCAAGGAUGGGCUUUCGCGCUGCAUUGAGGGAAUCGUAAAGGAUAAGCGUGCCCGAGAUUUAAUAUUAUUACAGUUAGAUGACUAUUUAGUGGCUAGUGGUGCUUUUGGCGAGGGGAUUGCUAUUGAUCAAAAAACAAAGCUUUCUCCAGUGAAGUGGUGGUCCUUGUAUGGAGGUCAUUGCCCUGAAUUGCAAAGUUUUGCCAUGAGAAUUUUAAGUCAGACGUGUACCGGUGCCUCAAGAUAUGGUCUGAAAAGGAGUCUAUCUGAGCAACUACAUAUGAACGGAAGGAACCCUGUAGAGCAAAAACAGUUGACUGACCUUACAUAUGUUCAUCAUAAUCUUCGGUUGCAAAAUGCUGUAUCUAUUUCAAACACAGAUUACAGAGAUAUAUUUCUUGAAGAGAUGGAUCUAAUGGUGAAUGGGUUGGUCGAGGAGACGUUGAAAGAGUAAGCAGCUUAACUAAAUGGUUACUAAAUUGAGGAUCUGUGAUUAGGUGCAAAUCCAAAUCCUCUUCUGGUUUUUUCCCCUUGCAUUGAAGCUGCAGAAGCCAUAUACCGGAGUGUAACAUGUCAGAAGUUCUUUUUGCUGGAGACGAAAGAGAUCAGUUUUGUCGCUUUUUACUCGGCCUCAGUUUGCGGAGUUACAUCCCUCAAGGGUCUCUUCUUCACUGUUGUAACAUGUUUAAAACUCAAAACCACCAUCUGUUGUAGAUUUAUCGAACUGGCCUAACUUUUUUGGCUGAUGGACUUGCUCUGUUUGCUAGAACAGGCAUUAGCUUCUACAUUUAAUGGAGUUCUUAGUGGUCCUUAGAGCUGUCUACUGAUCCAAUGACACUUGGUCAUAAUUACAUGGAUCACCAAAAUCAAAAUUAGA